UAAAUAAGUAUGAAAAUCUGAACCAGUUUGUGAAGGCGAGAGAUGAUAAGAGGUUCUAGGGUUCUUCAUUCGGUUUCUUCUUCUUCUUCUUUUGCAUCCAUUAAACGUCAAUGCUCGCUCAUCAUCCAAUCUUUCUCUUCUCACUCCGACAACUCAAUUCUUCAAACGAGAAUCAAAUCCUUCAUUCACGUAGCUCAGUCCUGCUCCUCCUCUUCUUCUUGUAGAUCGGUUCAUGCCCAGGUAAUCAAAUCUUCCCUUUUCCGCCACGGAUUUCUUGGAGAUAUUUUAGUGUCAGCCUACGGGAGAUUGGAUUCAUUAAAUGAUGCACAUAACCUGUUUGAUGAAAUUACUCACAAGGAUUUAGUUUCCUGGAAUUCGUUCAUUUCAGUAUUUUCACGAUUAGGGCUUGUGGAGAAAUGUUUGAAUGUUUUAAAUCGGAUGAGAGUUGAGUCGGAUAUAGAACCCAACGAGGUGACACUCAUUUCAACGAUUUCAGCUAUUGCAGAUGUAGGAGAAGGUUUAGACGAAGGAAAUUCCCUUCAUGGAAUUGCAGUGAAGGUUGGUCUUUUGUUUGAAUGUAAACUUCUCAAUGCUUUGAUUAACAUGUAUGGGAAAUUUGGUCAUUUGGAUUCUGCCUAUAAGGUGUUUGUAGAAAUGCAUGUUCCUACACAAGUCUCAUGGAAUUCAUUGAUUGCAGUUCAUGUUCAUAAUGGUUUUCCUGAAAAAGGAAUUGUCAUAUUUAAAACGAUGAGAAUGUUUGGAUUUCAACCUGAUGAAGCUAAUGUUGUGUCAUUCAUUCAAGCUUGUGAAGAUUUAGGUAUAGAAAAAUUGGCUGAAUCAAUCCAUUCCUAUGUUUUCGCUUCUGGUCUUGUUUCCGAUUUAACCAUCAUGACCUCGCUGUUGAGAUUCUACGCAAAAUCGGGUCGGUUAUUGAGUUCUUACGACGUUUUUAAAGAGAUAAAGAAACCAGAUAGAAUUGCUUGGACUGCAAUGCUAGCUGGUUAUGCUAUCCAUGGAUAUGGCAAACAAGCGAUAGAAUUCUUUGAGUUUAUGAUCAAUACUGGUUGUGUUCGACCCGAUCAUGUUACGUUCACGCAUUUACUAAGCGCUUGUAGUCACUCGGGGCUCGUUAACGAAGGCGAGAAAUAUUUCGAUGUUAUGUUUACUUCUUAUAAGAUUGAACCUAGGUUAGAUCAUUAUUCGUGCAUGAUCGAUCUUUUAGGUCGAGCCGGUCGCUUGAUCGACGCUCGUAAAUUGAUCGAUGAAAUGCCGAUGGAACCAACUUCGGGAGUUUGGGCUUCUCUUCUUAACGCGUGUCGUGUCCACGGUAAUAUGGAGCUCGGGGAAGACGUAGGGGCGCGUCUUCUUUCGAUAGACCCUUUGGAUUCUCGUAACUAUCUAAUGCUAUCGAAUAUCUACUCCAAUUUUGGCCGAUGGAAGGACGCGGCGAAAGUGAGGAGUUUGAUGAAGGGAAAACGUUUGAGGAAGGUUCCGGGUUGGAGUUCGAUCGAAUGUGAAAAUGAGAUUCAUCGUUUCGUUGCGGGUGAUAGGUCGCAUCGGGACUCGGAGGAGAUAUAUGCGAAAUUGGAUGAACUUAUAGGUAAAGUUCGAAAAAUUGGGUAUGUUUCGAAGACAGAAUUGGUUUUGCACGACGUGGAAGAGGAUGUGAAGCGUGAUAUGAUUGAGAAGCAUAGUGAGAAAUUGGCGGUUGCUUUCGGGUUGUUGGUAGGUAGGGCGGGUAGGCCGAUGAUUAUUACGAAGAAUAUUAGAAUCUGCGGGGAUUGUCAUGUUUUUGCGAAACUUGUGUCUGUUGUUGAGAAGCUUACUAUUAUUAUUAGGGAUCCGAAGAGAUUCCACCAUUUUAGCGAUGGAUUGUGCUCUUGUGGAGAUUUUUGGUGAUUAAUAUUAGAGAUAAAAACACUUUGUUGAUAAUUGUGUUAAAAACAUGUAUAGUUAAUACCUUGAUGUGCCUCUUAUAUCGGGGAAGUUGCACAGUUCUUAUUGUCGCC